AUGAUGGACCUUCAGCUGGACGAGGUGGUCUACCAGGACGACUACGGAUCGGGCACCGUGAUGUCCGAACGCGUGUCGGGCCUGGCGAGCACCAUCUACCGAGAGUUCGAGCGCCUCAUCCGAAGCUAUGACGAGGAGGUGGUGAAGGAGCUGAUGCCGCUGGUGGUCAACGUGUUGGAGAACCUGGACGCGGUGCUCACGGAGAACCAGGAGCAUCUUGUGGAGCUGGAGCUGCUGAAGGAGGACAAUGAGCAGCUCAUCACGCAGUACGAGCGGGAGAAGGCGCUGAGGAAGCAGGCGGAGGAGGUGAGGGGGACCGGGGGUAUAAAGGCUAGGCCUUGGCUCGCAUCAGCAGCCUGCAUCCAGCUGUUCUGA